CUCUCAAGUCCAGACAGAUCAGUGAUUCCCUGUGGCUCUCGUUUCAUCUGCAAGCUCUACCACAAUCACACACUCACACAGCCGCACAAGACAAAAUCCAGGAAGGAACAAUCUUGGGUUCUGGAACUCACUGGUAGCCAUCCGUCCUCUCCCCCUUGAUUUAUACGCGCACGCACAGGACGGCGCCCCCAAACCCAAAGCCAAGCGAGCUAGCUCCCAGUUCCGCUCGGCAUGGCUCCGCAGGCGUGGAUUGUGGGGGAGAAGGGCGAGGAUCUCCAAGGGCCCAAGGAGUUCCUGCCCCUCUCCAAGCUUGAAGAUAUUGGCGUGUUGUAUUGGCAGUUGGAUCCUAAGAAGUCUGAAAGCGAAGAAGAGCUUGCAAAAAUCCGCAAAGAAAGAGGAUACAGUUACAUGGACCUUAUUGAGAUAUGCCCUGACAAACUGGAGAACUAUGAGGAGAAGCUGAAGAACUUCUUCACUGAGCACAUGCACGCUGACGAAGAGAUCCGCUACUGCUUGGAGGGCAGCGGGUACUUUGACGUCCGUGACAAGGAUGACAAAUGGAUUAGGAUUUGGAUAAAAGAAGGAGACAUGAUCAUCCUGCCAGCUGGAAUUUAUCAUCGGUUCACCCUCGACAGCGCCAAUUAUGUGAAGCUCAUGAGACUCUUCAUCGGGGAACCAGUCUGGACUACGCUGAACCGGCCUCAGGAGGGCCACCCCGCGAGGCUAGGGUACGUGAAGAAUGUGAUGGGGAACACUGGAUUCGCUCUAGCAGCACACUGAACCUGUCGCUGGCGUUCAGCGACAUUCAAACAAUACAAUUUCUUGAACUCAUUUACAUCACGAUAUAUAUGGUUCUAGAGUUGGAUGCGAAAACGUUGCUGUGUUGUGAUGGAACAUCUUGCUACAGAAGUUUGUACACGUAGAAGAUACACACUGUAUCUGCAUCCUAUGGGAACGUACGAUGUAGUAUUUUCCCUUGUGUCUGCUUGAUACAGAUACCCUUGGAUGUAUAUGGUUUCAGCAGCAGCUGCUGCCGGCAAUGCUGUAUACGUAUGAUGCAUCUUACCUGGCAUUGUGUGUGGUACUAAUGUCCGUCAGGCAAUAUGGAAAUCUCAUGGCAUUGGGGACUGAAUAAUGCCCUGGUUCUGAGAAAA